AUGUCGUCCUCCAUGGUUCCGCUGAGCGCGACGGCGCAGCGCGUCAAGAUGCUUGAGUGCGGGCCGUGUGCACUCCGCUCAGCGAUGAGGAGGGCCGACCAAGAGAGCUGGACACCACCGCUGGCAGACGUCGCUGUGGAUAUUGUGGCCGGCGCCCUCACUCUCACCAGCGCCAAUGAGGUUCUCGUCCCCGCCUCACUCGUGCACUAUAUGGAGUCCUGCAGGACGGAGGCGAAGCGGACUGCCAGUGGCGCGCUGAAACAGUGGCCAUGGCCGGCCUGGGACGUGGCACUCAAGGAACAGCGCCUGGUGACUCUGGUCACGGCCUGGGACGUGGCACGCCUCGUCAGUAGCGACUGCUACGGCGGCGCCUACAACACCUUGUGUGUUCCCGUUCCGGCUGGACCUCUUGUAGCACAGCUCGAUUUCGGCAUCAGUGUGGACACGUUUUAUGCGGAGGUGCUGCCAGGGGUGCUGGACGCGGUCGGGGCAAACAGUCGUCUUCGGUGGCGCGCUUGGAUGCGGUCGGCGCUCACGUGUGCUUACGAAGGCACACACGUGCCACCGAUCCGCGUUGCGGAGUACACGAGUCAACUGCUUCAGCAGACGGGCGGGUGCGAGAGCGUGAUGUGGGAGACCGCCGUAACCGGCCUGACUCCUCGCUGGCUGGAAACGGCGUCCAAGACGGCUUUAGCGGUGGGCGUGCCAUCAGGGUUGCUGGCAUUGGCACUGCCGGAGGAGUCCAGCUGCACAGCGCGACUGCUGGCCAAGUCUGUGGAAGUCGGCGUUACGUCGUGGGCGACGUGUGCGGUCGCUAACAGCCCUCUCUACCCUCACACUUCCCCCGUGGCCUCUCCGCAGACAGUGCAGCUCUUCACGACCGGUUGGAACGAUGUGUCUGCAGCUGCGGCACAAAAGUGCGACGGCGACGAUGCCGUUGACGCCGCGGAGGAGAGCCUGGGGCAGUGCUUCGACUUUGUGGACGCCGUCACAGAGCGCGUCAGAGCUGUCCUGCACACUGAUGCGUGA